AUGAAUAUAAUGCUGUGCUGUCAUAAACAAUAUUUUCCAUUAGUCACAAUAAUAUUCUAUCAAUCUCGACGUUCAUUUACUCAAACACGAAAAUUAAAAGAUUUGCAGCAAAUAUAUGAACUGCUUAAAGAGGAAUCUUUAUCUUCAACAACAUCUUAUUCACAAACAAUGAAGCCAAAUGGAAUAUUUGCUAAUAAUGAAUUAGAUUUACGAAAAAUAAAAGUUUAUGGCUUUGAUUUUGAUUAUACAUUAGCAAGAUAUAAAUCAACACUACAUUCAUUAAUUUAUGAUCAUGCUAAAAAAUAUCUCGUUAAAAAAUUACGAUAUCCAGAUCAAUUAAUGAAUUUUGCUUUUCGACCUGGAAUCGGUGCACGUGGUCUGCAUCUAGAUAUAAGACGUGGAUGGUUAAUGAAAGUUGAUAGCUAUCAUAAUAUCCAAUUAGGCACUGUGUAUCAUGGUAUGCGGAAAGUAUCAGACGAAGACGUUAUUACUGCACAUCAUGGUACUAAAUUAUCUGUUGAGGAAGUUGGCUAUCUUGGAAUGACAUCAAAUAUGUAUCAAUUUGUUGACAUUUUUUCAAUACCUGAAAUAACAAUUUUACGUGACGUGACUCAAUAUUUUAUUGAUAACAGUAUUCCAUUUGCAUCUGAAUAUGUACAUUUUGAUGUUCGAGUAUUUAGUUCUUUUCAUAGAACUGGUAUGAUGCAUCGAUUAGUUGGAGAAGAUGUUGAAACUUAUUUUGAAGAAAAUGUUCGUUUAAAACCAUUUUUACAACGACUUCGUAAUGCUAAUAAACAAUUAUUUUUAAUAACAAAUAGUGCUUAUUGGUAUGUUAAUCGUGGCAUGACAUAUUUACUUGGAAAAAAUUGGGAAGAAUUUUUUAAUUUUAUUAUAUGUCAAGCUAGAAAACCAUCAUUUUUUGGUGCACAAAAAAGACCAUUUAGAGAAAUUAAUAUUAAUAAUAAUUCAAAAUCUUGGGAUCGAGUUUAUAAAUUACAAAAAGGAAAAGUUUAUGUUGAAGGUAAUCUUACAACUCUUGUUGAAAUGACACAUUGGGAAGGACAUGAUGUCCUUUAUAUUGGUGAUCAUAUUUACGGUGAUUUAGCAGAUUUAUUUCUUACACAUGGAUGGAGAACAGGUGCAAUUUUAGAAGAAGUUGAAGUAAGUAUUGGUAAUUUAUUAAUAAUAAAAACUGAAUUUAUUAUUAAUUUCAAGGAUGAAAUUAAUGUAAUUAAUUCAGAAGCAUAUCAAAAAACGAUUCGAUGGCUAAACAUUCUUGAAUGGUUAAUCGAUCAGUUACAAGAUAUUCCUGGUCGUGACGCUGAUGUAAUUAUGAAAGGUUGGGUUGCGGAACGAGAAGAAGAAAGAAUGAAAUCUCGUGAUUAUUUUAAUCCUUCUUUUGGUUCUAUAUUUCGUACACAUACAGUUCCAACAUAUUUUCAUCGACGUUUAGCUCGUUUUGCUGAUGUUUAUACAUCAAAUGUUUGUAAUUUUCUUAACUAUUCGCUUGAUUAUAUAUUUUUUCCUCGUCGUAUGGCAUUAGCACAUGAAAAUGUUUUGCCAACGCCAGAUAUUAAUUUAUUACUCAUGAGAACUGCUCGAGAAGCAAUGCGUUUUGAAACCAAGAGUUGA